CAGAGUUUGCUCUGCCGUGGGUUCUUCAAGUCGGUCGUCGUCAUUGCUUCCUCAAAGUGAGUUUGAGAAGAGAACAAACCGGACGCCAUUGUGAAAAUAGCAAGGAAUUUCAAGUGAAGUUUAGUAUUAAGUUUGUGAUAUUAAAUGAAGACUGUGCUAAAUAAGAACCCACAAAAAUAGACACCAACAAAACGAAAAUGGAUGAUGAUCAACAGUUCUGUCUUCGAUGGAACAAUCACCAGAGCACACUCAUCUCCGUGUUCGAUACGCUGUUGGAGAAUGGAACAUUGGUGGAUUGCACAUUGGCGGCUGAAGGGAAAUUUUUGAAAGCUCACAAAGUUGUUCUCUCGGCAUGUAGUCCGUAUUUUGCGGCGCUACUAUCACAACAGUACGAUAAGCACCCAAUCUUCAUACUCAAAGAUGUGAAAUUUCAAGAACUCCGCGCCAUGAUGGACUACAUGUAUCGUGGCGAAGUAAACAUCUCACAGGAUCAGUUGGCUGCCCUUUUAAAAGCGGCUGAGUCUUUGCAGAUCAAGGGCCUAUCGGACAAUCGGGGUUCAUCUUCUACCGCGCCAUCACAGCAGAAGCAGCCACAGAAUGAAACUUCUGCGACAAAAUCACUACCGCCACCCGUACCUGCAAUCAAGGCUACAGGUUUAACGAUCGAAAAUAAAAGGCCUUCGAAAACGGAUAUGCUCGAUUCAGACAUAUCCGGAUCGCGAGAAGGCUCUGCUAGUCCCACUUCACGGAAGCGUAAAAAACUUCGACGAAGAAGCGUCGAUAAUAAUAAUCUUAUUGAUAAUCAUGACCAGCAUUCAAAUUCCUCAUCACAUUCGAUGCACACCACGUUGCAACCACAAGCGCUGGCAUUGACGUCAUCGUCGGUUGUGGCAUGUGUACCGGCAACUAACAACGCUGCUACCUCCCUGUUGUCAUCAUCUACAACGCCCUCAAAUAGUUCGACCGUGCUGGCCACUACUGCUGCUGCUGCCGCUGCAGCGGCAGCUGCUGCUAUCAAAAAGACUGAUUCCGUUCAACAGCAGCAAGUUGCUGAAGCUUUGAAGCUGCAGCUGGUGAAGCAUCAAAAUCAGCAGCAAACGCAACAACAGCAGGCACAGCAUACUGAUGAUGAAGAUCGAAGCGGUACGGAACAGGGCGACGCACAUGAUGAUGAAGAUUCGGACAACGAAACUGAUGAACCGCAGAUUAAACGUCCAACCCAAGGAGGAGCUGGAUUGACUGAUAGUCAAGACAAAUCAAUCAAUCAAUCCGAGUUAAUGAUUGAACCAAAAAACGAAUACGACGACGGUCAGGACGAGAAUGUUGAAGAUUUAACUCUGGAUGAGGAAGAAUUACUGGAUGAUUUGGAUCAAGCAGGGCCCAGUCACGGUGGUGAAGGAUCUAGUCAAGGUUAUGCACAAUGGCAAAUGGAACGAGAACAAAGUGAAGCGUUUAUGGCUACUCAGGACGCAGUCGGUGGACAACAUCGAGACGCACAAGAUAAACGUCUUGUGAAACCAUCGACGGUUGCAACAGCGAAGAAAAUCAAAACAAUCACUUUUACUGCUGCACCUUCUCAGUCAGUUGUUGGAACGAUUUCAACGACUGCCACUCAGUUAGCACAGAUUACACAAUCGACACCGGUAGUCUUGAAUGAUCUGAACGAUUGCUUGCUUGAGAGCAAGAAUAUUGUAGUCUCUAAAAAAGACAACAAAUACAUACUAUUCACUACCGCACCUAUAUCUCAGCAGCAAUCUCCAGCGUUUCAACCAAGUUCGUUGCAGACUAGUGUGCAAACAAUAGAAACUUUAAAUCCGGUACAGACAGCAGCCGUCAUUGAUACGGGACGUAUUGAAGAGCUUUUGAAAAAGGAUAAGAUCAUUAAGAGGACUGAACUGCAAGGCGAUGGCACCACCACAACUACCUACAUCUUCGAUGAGUGCGAUAUUUUACCACUGAAAAGUACAUCAAAAGAACUGGUAAGCCAUUCAGUCUCUUCUCCAACAACGGUUGAGACUUUGAGCAUCUCACCACAGCAAACGAUCAUAAAACCGACUACUAUUUCCAUCGUGAAAGUAGGUGCCAGCGACAUGGUAACAACUGCGGGAACGGCGGUUAUCCCUGUAGGAACCACUUUGAUUCCAACAACUUCCAGUAUCAGUGCUAUCGGUAGCGGCGGCACAUUUAUUAGUGCUAGUUCAUUUCAAAAUAACCAAAGUCAAAGUACCGUAACGAAAAAAUUGGUGAAAGCUACUCAUCCACGAAUUAAGUAUUCUAAACAUAAAAACCCUUCGGUCCAAUCGAUUGCUACUUUACCUAUAUUGACAAUUCCAACUGUUACUACUAACACCCAGUCGAUGAACGACCCCGUGCAUCAAGAGUCACAAGCAAGUGGAACAACUACAAAAAUUGAACUACUUAAUUUUUCUCUCUCGAGAAAAUUCCCCGGCCAAGGAGCCAAAACAAUUGACGUAAGCAACAUUCAGCAAAUUCCGAUCUCGGCCAUUUCGAAAACCAUGCCAUCUCGAUACACGGUAAAUGAAUACGAGACGUCGACGUCAAAUACCUCUCAGAGUAACGAUUUCACCACUGGCAUGAUUGACGAUUUAGACUACUCGGUUAUUGAUGAUAUUGAGCUACCGGAUGACGUUCAGGUAAACUUUGCUGAUUCUUACACUGGUAAGGAAUCACAUACAGAUAGCGAAGAAGUAGGUAUGGAUUCACAAGACCUUGUGAAACAGUUACCGACGAAGAAACCUGCCAAAUCGGAAGUUAAACUUCUGAAUACUGCAAUGGACGAUAAGUAUGCACUGUUGGCCAAUACAAGUAUUAUGAAGAACUUUGAGUACACUGUGAACGAGUCAGUAGUAAGUGACAACGACGAUAAUGAGAUGCGUCAAUACGUUUGUCGCCACUGUGGAAAGCGAUACCGUUGGAAGUCUACUCUACGAAGACAUGAGAAUGUCGAAUGUGGUGGCAAAGAAGCAAUGCAUCAAUGUCCUUAUUGCACAUAUAAGGCGAAACAGCGUGGUAAUUUGGGUGUUCACAUCCGGAAGCAUCACGCGGAUAUGCCACAACUUGAGAGCCGCAGAAAAUCGAAAAAUCGUGACUCGUUGAGUAUGCUUGAAUCAAUUAAACCCGAAGCAAUGGAGAUCGGCAAUUCAGGACAAAUCUAGAGGAAAAGUAAUAAUGUUGUAUGUUCAAAAAAAGAGUUUUUUGAAAAACAAGUUUAAAGUCACGUUUUCGAGUGUGAUAGACUUUGUGGACUUUGUAACAAAGUGUACCUACCCAUUAAUAUUAUAAAUGUGUGUUGAAUUUCAGGCGUUGAAGGAAGGAAAAUUUGUAAUAAUUCUAUUACUGGUGUUUCAAAUUUUAUGCUUCAGUCUGAAUGCCUCGUGCAACGCUGUUCAAAUUCAAUGUUCCGUAAUUUAGUAUAAGAUGGGGUAAACAGUGGAGCGCUUAAGGAAAAACGUCCAGAUAUCAACAAUAAUUUACUAAGUUGCUAACAAUCAGAGAAACAGAUUUUAAAUUCAAAAAUCAUAUUGAUUCAAAAAUAUUUUACGAGUUUUUCAACCAUAAAUGUUUUAUUGAUUCAAUUUGUUGAUUGUUCAUUCAAUCGUUCCAUAUUUUCUUAUCAAUAAUAACAUAUUGUAAAUUCUUUAAACGAACCAGUUUGGCUCUUAAAUAAAGAUUACUAUCAAUAGUACAUACGUACUAUAUGCUUGAUAUGUGAAAAAUGAAGCCCAAGCUAAAAUACAUUUACAUCCCUGAUUCUAUAUAUGCACAGUAGGAGAUCUAACGAGCAUAACGAGGUCAUAGAGCCUUAUUAGUAAAUGCACGGCUAUAAAACAAGACCAGUGAUUUGAGGAUCAUAUUUUCAAUAAUUUUAGUUUUAACUAGUGAUCAAUUGGCUUCAAACGGCACACCAUGUCUCAUGGUUCAGGGUUCAAUUUUUUAAAUUCCUAAAUAAUAAUAAAAAAAACUGGACACAUACCUUCUGACACCGAACAUAACGAGUAUUUAACAAUUCAAACCUUUCUAAACUGAUUACUUAUCACUCAGCUAUUCUCAUUUUGCCAAAAAUUGUCCUGAGUUCGGUGACCUAAGCCUAGCAAAACAAAUAUUCACUUUGCCCCGUCUCACCUUAAAUACGGAUUUGUGAUUAAGAACAAAGUGUAAAACUAUGAUUAAUGUUUAUUGAUUAUUAAGUGUAUAACAAUUGUCUGUAGGAAGAAUACUAAGAUUAUAUAUAAGUGAGAUUAAGCUUUGCAUCAAAUUAUUUAAAAUCUGCAAUUUGUUUUAAGAGAUUAUUUAGUUUCACGAGUAUUUGCUACAUUUUAUUUAUAGAUUUUCCAUUUUCUGAAGUUAUCAUUAAGUUAAAACCACAUUUAACGGCUACAUAAGUUUUAUUGUUUAAAAUUCUUAGGAGCAUUAAUUUUAUAAAUUGCGUCAACGUUAUUUUUAUGAUAAUCAAAUGGAGUGUGUGUUACAAAACAUUGAUUGUGUUGUUAGUGUUCACCAAUUCUUUUUUCUUUGUGGGUUUAAGAUAUGUGAGCAAAUGACUCUACACAACGUGCGGUUAUACCGAAGGCAAUCACUAAUAUCACAAAAGUUCUCAAAUUUCAUUUACCGUAGAAAGUACAAUAUCCGUUUAAUUUAAUGCUUCCCUGUCAACUUAUGUGUGCUUCAUUAUAAAAAAGAAGCAUACACCUAUAAAUAAUUCAGACGAUUUAAAGUGUAUAAAAAUAAUGUAAAAAUGCCAAAUUUUGCAAAAUUGUAGAUGUUUCAUGUAAUGUAAAAAAUGUAAAACAUUAGAAACAAGUAGUUGCCAUGGAAUUAAAAAUGCUGUAUUACAUAUUAAAUUUCAUUGCAGAAUGAACAUGAAUGGAGAAAAAACAUAUAAAAAUUUACUAUACAGGCAAACAUGCAGAAUAAGAACAGUAGCAUACUUGCAACAUUUUAAAUCUAGAUGAUGUUCAACACUAUAUAUAAACUACCUAUAUAUUUAUCUGAAAAUCGUAAAAUAAAUGAAUGGAUUUUUAUCACUUAUGUAUUAAAAUCAUUAGUGGUAUUCAUAUAGCGCAUCGUAAGAACAUACACAUCCGUAGAAAUGGAGGAAGCUCCUUGCGCAUAUGGUCGUGUUUAGAACAAUAGUCGUUUGGCAUAACGCUCAUUUGUCGUAAAUGAAAAAAAUGCACUGCUUUGUCCCCUUCUUCUUCCGAUCAUUAGCGGUGUUUUCAAAUAGGAUCAUGAAUAGUUAAUAUUCUGAUUCUAAAUAAUUGUCAUUUGAAUACUCAUAAUCAAAUGAAAGCUUAGACCAAAUUACUUUUUGGGCAAAUUAACGUUAUGCAAAAUUACUUUAUGUUACACGGCACCAUAUGGAAAAUAAAAUAGUCGAAAAUUAUCAGCCUCUAUUGAAAACUAAUAAAGUUAAGUACACUUACAAAGGUAUAUGCUUUUACUAUGCACUAUGUGAAGCCCUCUUUGUUUGUUUUUUUGGCGGCAUGCUCCAACCAGUAUUAUCCUCGCAUUAAUUCUCGAUCAUGUUAGUUUAGGCAACGAUUUGAAUCAAUCUGAUUUUGGGCAAUCGUUUGCAAGAGUUGUCAUACUAGCCCGGAACUAAAAUUAGAUACCGGUUGGAGCUCACCAUCAUUUGAGUCAAUUAUUUAUUUCGCUACCAAAUAGAACCUGCGGCACAUAACUUUUUUCGUGUUUUUUUUCUGUCAUAUGUGUAUACAAUGUUAAGUGACGAAAUGUAAAUUUUGACUUACAUGUUACUAACAUAUUGCUUUUCUUUUUCAGGUAAGGCAAUUACUCCCGAACGAGCGUUCACAGACUGAAAAAUAAUGCAAUUACGCAGCAUACCCCACCAAGAAUAUCAAGA